AUGUCGAUGAACAGCACCCUCCAUACGACUGGCUACGCAGCCAGUCUGCUCGACUCAGUGCAGGAUCACGUCGCUGCUUCUCCUGGACGCGCCGUAUUGCUCACCUUACUCUAUUCUCCCAUCGUUGCCAUUGUCCUAAAUGUGCUCAGACAACUCCUCUGGCCGCGUGACCGCUCUCUCCCUCCGGAGGUGUUCCACUGGAUACCCAUUGUUGGCUCAUCUAUCUCCUACGGACACGAUCCCCUUGGAUUCUUCUUCAAGUGUCGAGAAAAGUACGGAGACGUCUUCACCUUUAUCCUGUUUGGCCGUAAGGUCACCGUUGCACUCGGUCCCAAAGGUAAUAACUUUGUGCUCGGGGGCAAGUCCACGUUUUUCUCAGCUGAGGACGCAUACACGCACCUCACGACUCCAGUCUUUGGCAAGGACGUCGUCUACGAUGUUCCAAACGAUGUGUUCAUGGAACAAAAGAAGUUUGUGAAAGUCGGUCUAUCAAUCGACAAUUUCCGGGCCUACGUCAGCAUGAUCGAGGAAGAGGUAGAACAGUUUAUGAAGACAGACCCGGCUUUCCUCACCUAUCAGAUGAACGACAUCAAUGACUGGGGUCGCUUCGAUAUUGCCGACAUCGUAGCCCAAAUCACGAUUUUAACUGCCUCGCGGACCCUUCAAGGCAAAGAGAUCAGAGACAACAUGGACAAAUCGUUUUCCGAUCUGUAUGCCGCCCUGGAUGGCGGCUUCACACCGAUAAAUUUCCUGUUCCCCAAUCUGCCAUUGGCGAGCUAUCGUCGUCGAGACGAGGCACACAAGAAAAUGAGUGACUUCUAUGUCAACAUCAUCCGUAAACGGAAAGAGAGUGGUGACGAUAUGCAAGACAUGAUCUCUGCCCUUCAGAACCAGCGGUACCGUGAUGGUAGACAACUCGAAGAUCAUGAGAUUGCUCACCUCAUGAUCGCUCUUUUGAUGGCUGGCCAACAUACGAGUUCGGCAACGGGAUCAUGGGCAAUUCUCCACCUUGCGGAAAACGUCCAGGCCCAGGAAUCUCUCUAUAAGGAACAGGUCGAACACUUCGGUAACCCCGAUGGCACGUUCCGUGAAAUGACCUACGAAGAAAUGCGUCGGCUCCCUAUCCUUGAUUCUGUAAUCCGCGAAACGCUCCGUAUGCACCCCCCGAUCCACAGUAUUCUCCGCUACGUCCGUACGGACGUCACCGUUUCACCCACACUCUCAGCGCCUGCAGAAGAUAAGACAUAUGUGGUUCCCAAGGGCCACUAUGUUCUUGCCUGUCCUGCUGUUAGCCAGGUAGAUCCUAAGAUAUGGUCCAACCCCCAUAUCUGGGACCCAACAAGAUGGAGCGAUCCAGAAGGUGUUGCCGCCGAAGCGUUCAAAACUUACAUGGACGAAAACGGUGAGAAGGUUGAUUUCGGAUUUGGCGCUGUCAGCAAGGGCACAGACAGCCCCUAUCAACCUUUCGGUGCCGGCCGACACCGUUGCAUUGGCGAACAGUUCGCCUAUCUGCAACUUGCGGCGAUUCUUGCAACAAUUCUCCGCAAGGUUGAGGUCAGAUUGGAACCAGGCUGCACGUUCCCAGAGCACAACUACCAUACCAUGAUCACGAUGCCUAAGAAACCACGUAAUAUUUGCUACAGACGCAGGGCUUUUGACUAGAUAACGAAGGUUAAAACUAAUAAUUUUGUUUUCGAAUACAAUCGCAUACCCUCCAUUAUACGUAAGAUAUGAUCACAAUUGUAACGGGAUUAGGGACUGAAAUAAAUGCAUGGGAACACUUGGUGACCAAAUGUCAACCUUCAGGCCUUUGCCCAACCUGGAGAAUAGAAUCCCCCUACUGGUCUAGCCUCCACUUUUCCGAAAGCACCUGUGUAAUGGUGUACCAAGCAAGGUUGCCGGCGGCCGUUCCCCGGAGCUGAUCAUAUAGUAUACACUCCACACAGUUGACAAGUCUCGAGCGCUGACACGGACAUACAUAAUUUCGAGAGUGGCCUGGCCCCCGUGGCUCCCCUAUGCUCAAGCGGCCCACGUACUAAGCAUUGAGCUUAAGGUUUGCGGCGGCCGUUCCCUGGAG